CCAGAUUUAGCUUAGUAAAAAGAUUCAUCAAUUUAACAAGACAUCUUUGCAAUGCCCACUCUGCUUCAAACAGCUCCAAUGUCUGAGUCUGAAUCAUCACGGCCUCCUUUGGUUUUCGCCUACUACGUUACUGGUCAUGGCUUUGGCCACGCCACUCGUGUCGUUGAGGUGGUUCGGCAUCUGAUCUCGUCUGGACAUAGAGUUCACGUUGUCUCUGCUGCUCCAGAGUUUGUUUUCACCACUGAGAUCCACUCUCCAAAUCUCUUUAUCCGAAAUGUACUAUUGGACAUUGGAUCUGUACAAUCUGAUGCUUUAACCGUGGACCGUCGUGCUUCCUUGGAGAAGUAUUGCGAGAUUGCGGUUGAACCUCGUGACUCUAUCUUAGCCGCAGAGGUUGAGUGGCUUAAGUCAAUCAAAGCCAACCUUGUGGUCUCAGAUGUUGUCCCCAUCGCUUGCCGUGCUGCUGCAAAUGCCGGGAUCCGCUCUGUUUGCGUCACCAACUUCAGUUGGGACUUCAUAUAUGCGGAAUAUGUGAUGGCAGCAGGACAUCAUCACCAGUCCAUUGUUUGGCAGAUAGCUGAGGAUUAUUCGCAUUGCGAGUUUCUGAUUCGCCUUCCCGGACACUGUCCUAUGCCUGCUUUCCGUGAUGUUAUUGAUAUUCCCCUUGUUGUGAGACCAUUGCAUAAGUCUAGACAAGAGGUCAGGAGAGAGCUUGGAGUUCCAGACGAUGUGAAACUACUCAUCUUUAACUUCGGUGGUCAACCAACUGGUUGGAAACUGAAGGAAGAAUAUCUCCCAGCUGGUUGGCUGUGCCUGGUUUGUGGCGCUUCUGCGAAGCAGGAGCUUCCUCCAAAUUUCAUAGGACUUCCAAAAGAUGUUUAUACUCCUGAUGUUAUUGCUGCUUCAGACUGCAUGCUCGGAAAAAUUGGAUAUGGAACUGUGAGUGAAGCACUUGCAUGCAAGUUACCCUUCAUUUUUGUGCGAAGAGAUUAUUUCAAUGAAGAACCAUUCUUGAGAAAGAUGCUUGAGUAUUACCAAGGAGGAGUUGAAAUGAUCAGAAGAGAUCUUCUUGCUGGAUGUUGGGCCCCUUAUCUCGAGCGUGCUGUUACAUUGAAACCGUGUUACGACGGAGGCAUUGAUGGUGGCGAGGUGGCAGCUAAAAUACUGCAAGACACUGCUAUGGGGAAGAAACGUUCUAAGCUCAAUCUUAGCGGGGCGAGGAGACUCCAGGAUGCAAUAAUACUAGGCUUCCAGCUACAGAGAGCUCCAGGGAGAGAUCUUUCAGUUCCAGAAUGGUAUCAAGUCUCUGGAGACGAAUCUGGGACUCCUCUGGUUGAUCAGACUCAGAACUCCUCCAAGUUUGUAGAAGGCUUUGAAAUUCUUCAUGGAAAUCACCAUGGCCUUAUAGAUACAAUCAGUUUCUUGGAUAGUUUGGCGACUUUAGCUAAAAUAGGAGGGCAUCAUCAAGAAAGAGAGCAUUUAGCAGCAGCAGCACUUUUCAACUGGGAGGAGGAUAUUGUUGUGGCGAGGGCACCUGGUAGACUUGAUGUAAUGGGAGGCAUUGCUGAUUACUCUGGAAGUCUUGUCUUGCUGAUGCCAACGAGGGAGGCUUGCCAUGCAGCUGUCCAGAGGAAUCAUCCUAGCAAACAGAAACUAUGGAAGCACGCCGAAGCAAGACAUCAUUCAAGAGACACUCCCAUACUUGAAAUUGUUUCAUUUGGAUCGGAGUUGAGCAACAGAGGACCAACUUUUGACAUGGACUUGUCUGAUUUUAUGGAAGAAGAUGGGAAACCAAUAUCUUAUGAGAAAGCCUACCAUUACUUUUCCAAGGAUCCAUCUCAAAAGUGGGCAGCAUAUGUUGCAGGUACGAUUCUGGUACUAAUGAGAGAGAUGAACGUUCGUUUUGAAGAUAGCAUUAGCAUACUGGUUUCGUCGACGGUUCCUGAAGGCAAAGGAGUAUCUUCCUCUGCUUCAGUUGAAGUUGCUACCAUGUCUGCUAUCGCUGCUGCUCAUGGUCUUGAGAUAUCGCCGCGAGACGUGGCUUUGCUUUGCCAGAAGGUGGAGAAUUAUGUUGUUGGAGCACCUUGUGGAGUGAUGGAUCAAAUGGCUUCUGCUUGUGGAGAAGCUAACAAGCUUCUUGCUAUGAUCUGUCAGCCUGCUGAGAUACUAGGACUUGUUGAAAUACCUUCUCACAUUCGCUUCUGGGGGAUCGAUUCCGGAAUACGACACAGUGUUGGUGGUUCAGACUAUGGCUCUGUGAGGAUAGGAGCUUUUAUUGGUAAAACAAUGAUAAGAUCUUUUGCAUCUUCUGAAACCAACUCAGGAGAGGCUGAAGAGGAGAGCUCGGAGUUGGUAGACUACGAUGCUUCUUUGGAUUACUUAUGCAACCUUUCACCUCAUAGAUUUCAAGCUCUAUACGGAAGUAAGCUCCCACAGGUUAUCACAGGAGAAGAAUUCAUCGGAAAGUAUGGUGAUCAUGGUGAUUCUGUCACAACCAUUGACAGGAAAGGUACUUACCACAUAAUGGCCCCGACUAAACAUCCAAUCUAUGAGAACUUCCGUGUCCAGGCUUUCAAAGCAUUGUUGACAGCAACUCCUUCAGAAGAACAGGUCAUUGGUCUAGGAGAGCUUAUGUACCAGUGCCAUGAUAGCUACAGCGCGUGUGGGCUUGGAUCUGAUGGUACAGACAGAUUAGUGAGACUAGUACAGAAAAUGGAGAAGUUGAAGCACUCUAAAACCGAGAACGGGACUCUCUACGGGGCCAAGAUCACAGGAGGUGGUAGCGGCGGAACAGUGUGUGUUAUUGGAAGGAGCAGUUUGAGAAGCAGUGAACAGAUUCUUGAGAUACAGAGAAAGUACAAGGAAGCAACAGGGUUUAUGCCGUAUGUGUUUGAAGGAUCAUCUCCGGGAGCUGGCAAGUUUGGAUAUUUGAAGAUACGCAAGAACUCUGCUCCUCCUUCUUCCACUUAAAACAUUUCUUCUUCUUCUUUAUUUUCUGCUUAAUAGUAUAGCUUUUGUCAUUGAUAACUUAAAUACAGUUGCAAGAACUCUGUCUGGUCACUUUCGUGUCUUCAUUAAAAUUCAUGCAGCAACGAUUAAAUA